AUGCUGUACAAAUUACCACUCAUAGUCAUUACGACUCUCCUUGCCGGCACUCAAGCCAACCCCUGUCCUCCUACUGGUCACACUCUCCCAUCAAUACAACGCCCAAGCAACUCGACUUUCGUGAAGGAGACUCUGGCAAAGAUCAAGCAGAAUCUUGUCGACCUCACAUCCUCCGAUGAGCUCAACAGCACCGGCAUUGCCAUCGGCGUAAAGUCUGUCCACGAGGAUAGCCCGCUAUUCGAGUUCUACCAUACGCCCGCAAUAGCAGAGGCUACUGGCACCAAGGAGAUUACUAUCGACACAGUGUUUCGUGGCGGUAGCAUUACAAAGCUUUUCACUGUCUUGGCCGCCCUCCAAGCCUCCCAGAUCAAAGGCAGCGAUCCCGUCACCAAGUAUCUACCACAACUCAAAGAAGGGGCGGUCAAAGCACCGGAGAACAACUCUUCCCAUGUUGUUCCGUGGGAUACCAUUACAGUCGAGGACCUUGCAUCUCAUUUGUCUGGCAUUGGCGGCGACAAUCUAAUCUCUGGCUUGAACAAGAAGCCUCUCGUCUUCCGACCACACACUACGCCCAUCUACUCCAACCUCGGCAUCUCUCUUCUAGGUCUUGUGGUAGAGGCCGCCACGAACAAGACAUAUGCAGUUAUCCUUAACGAGACAAUACUAAAGCCGCUUGGUCUAACCAACACCUCCGUCACUGGCCCAGUCCAAGACUCAUGGGGUUUCAUCCCCAAGGGGGAACCCACAUGGAAAGGAGAUCUCGGUGUCUACACCAGCGCCGGCGGCAUCUACACCAACACCCGCGACAUGCUCAACUUCGGCACUGCCAUACUUUCUGAGAAGCUCUCCAUAGACUCUAAGUCCUGGCUGAAGCCUAAGUCCUUCACGACCUCCUCCGGUUAUUCUAUCGGCGCCCCCUGGGAGAUUUUGUCCUCCACGACUCUCCUUCCCACCGGAGUUCCUGUUCACAUCUACACCAAAUCCGGUGACCUCGGUCUCUACUCCAAUCUCCUCCUCCUGAUUCCUGAUUAUGACCUCACGGUUUCUAUUCUCACUGGCGGUCCCGCCUCCACGGAAUUCAUGUUUCCCACCAGAGUUAUUUCUGGAGUUAUUUCUGCACUGAUUCCUGCUCUCGAGCAAGCAAACAAAGAAGCCGCAGAAGCAGCCUUUGCUGGAAUCUACGCCGACCCUGAGACGAACUCGACUGUCACUUUGUCUGUUGACGAUGGACCUGGUUUGUCGCUGACCGGCCUCAAAGUUCGCGGGGUACCCGUCCUACCCAACAUUCCCAAUUACAGCACUUCGAUCAAGGCCGGAAAGACCUUUAACAUUACUGCCAGAAUCUAUCCGACCAACAUCAAAGAAGGGAACACAUGGUCUUGGCGUGCCGUCUAUAAGAAUCAUGACGAGGAAGAUGUUGAUGAUCAACUUUUCUUUCCCCAGGGGGGAUGCCAGACUUGGGGGUUGAUCGACCGCAACACGUACAACUAUCUUGCCUUUGAUGACUACAUCGUCAAUAUUGGAGAGGAUGGAGCCUCUCAAAGCAUCUCGCCUAGACCUUUCGGUGUGACGUUAAAGAAGGUCAAGUCUUGA